AUGGCAGUCCCAAGAUCGCGCAUUGUCGACCUCAUGAAGGCGCAAUGCAGCAUCUUCAACACCGUCUUCAACCCCACCGGCGAACGACUCGGUAACAAGAUCUUGCGGCAACGCUUACGAGGCCCAGCGCUGGCAUCGUACUACCCGCGACGAGUAGCGACGUUCAAGGACCUGAAGAACGUGUAUCCCGAGUGGGAUAUGUACGAUGAGAAGGAGGAGGAUCGGCUGGAGCACUUGCAGAUUUUGAAGGCGAAGGGCAAGGGGGCGCCGAAGAAGAAGAAGAGUGCUGCUGAAAGCAGGAAGAAGCCGGGCAAGAAGCGGUAG